AUGGCCGCUCCCUUAUACAGUAAGUGCUUCCACAACCUGUCGCGUGAGGGAAUGAGGAUGAGCAGGAGCGGUCGGGAAGGAUAGAAGGAGCUUCAUCGAUGCUGAGUGCUCCCUCGCUCGUGCUACUGCAGCAACGGCCUCCGGUCAGCUCUUUCAUGCGUAAGUGUCUGCCCAAAGUCGUUUUCAGAGUAUCGCUGUGUUGAUGCAAGCGCUCGCCUUCACGGCAUCCCUUCUCGAUCUCGCACAUGCGCAGAGGCAAGAUCCUGAUAGCCACCGUUGGCUUACCUGCGCGAGGCAAGACGCAUCUCUCCCACGCGCUCGAGAGGUACCUUCGAUGGAUCGGCGUCAAGUGCGCCGUGCUGAGCCUGGGAGACUAUAGAAGAAAGGUUCUGGGUGGAGCAGGAAGCGUGCCUGCCGAUUACUUUCAUCAUGGUCAGUAUAUGCGUCACAUGCAGACCUCCAUGCUCUUCGCUUCCGGAUUGCGUUAUUCCCAAAGUGCUCAUUGCCUUGCAGCCCCUUCGGCACGUCUGAUCCAACCCUGGCAGGCGCCAAAAGCCCCGAAACGGCCGCAUUGAGGGCAAAAGUGCAAAGCGGAUUCGACGAGUCGGUGUUGCAGUACUUUGCUUCCGGUGGACAAGUGGUCAUCUACGAUGCCAACAACGGUACCGUAUCGCGUCGAGCAGCUCUACGAGAAAAGUUUGGCAAGCAGCUAGGCAUCCACGUCAUGUUUCUCGAAAGCAUCUGUACGGAUCAAUCCAUCGUCGAUGCAAAUAUUCGCAGCGUCAAGAUAUCAAGUCCAGAUUACGAGAGCUGGAAACCUGAAAAGGCGGUGGAUGAUUUCAAGAAGCGCAUCAAGGCGCACGAACAGUUCUACGAACCUAUAGAACAACCCAGCUUCCCUUACAUCAAGGUCGUCAAUGUGGUGAGUUUGAAAGCUCGUGUUACAGCUCGCAUGCCACAUGCGUGCUCAUUGGCUGCACAAUCGGCAACUUUUCAGGGUCAAAAAGUCAUUGUCAACAAUAUCCAGGGCUAUUUGCAGUCUCGUCUCGUCUUCUUCCUCAUGAACAUCCACAAUAGGAAUCGCAAGUGAGUACGACUCGUCGCGCUCGUCAUGGCAACGCCGCCAUCCUUGCGCAUGCCUCCUCAUCAUUGGUGCUCACAUUUCCAUCUCCGGUAACUCAACGCCUGCUUUAGAAUCUACUUCGCUCGAGCAGGGGAAGCAUUGAUAGAGCAUCUUUACAAAGCGGACGCGGAUCUCUCCUCGCUGGGCUGGGAGUAUGCGGACAAGCUGCUCGAGUUUGUGGAACAGAAGAGGAGCGAGAGCAAGGAUCGGGCUGUCAAGCUUGCAAAAGAGGGCAAGCUGGAGAGAGGGCCGGAGGAUGACGAGCCGGGAAGCGGACCUGGGGAGGAAGGCAAGGUGCUAGAGGUGCGUUGGCCUUUUGCUUCCCACGAGCAGCAAGGAAAUGGCUCACAUGGCUCCCCUCCCUCUGGCCUUGCGUUGCGGUUUGCAUCGGUAGGUGUGGACCUCGGCAAGGAGAAGGUCUUCGCACACAGCUCUACCUUUUGCCGAAAAGGGCUAUCGCGUCAUCGAAAGGUCGCAAUUGAGCGAAAUGAACCCGGGAGUGGUGGAUGGGAUGAGUGCGGAGGCUAUCAAGCUGCGUUUUCCGGACGAAUGGCAAAAGAAGCUCAAAGAGGUGGGUCAGGGCUCAACACAGCGCUUCACUCCACACCUCGCAAUGCUCACGCUGUCAGGAUGUUCUUCACAGCCCUACUCGCACCGGUAUCCGCGUGCGGAGAGCUACCAUGAUUUGUCGGUGCGUUUACGAUCAAGCACAAGGCUUGCCUCGCUGCGUCACUCACCGCUCUUUCUACACCUGUGCCACCGUCGCGCAGAUCCGGCUGGAACCGAUCAUUUUCGAGCUGGAAAGAGCUUCGACGGACGUGCUCAUCAUAGGCCAGUCGUCCGUCUUGCGAUGCCUGAUCGCCUACUUUCAAGUGAGUCAUUACUGUUCUCCCAGGCGCAUAUGCUGCUUUGUGAAUCGCUUUUGCUCACGCUACGUGCUGGUGCACUCGCACGCAGGGCUUGACGCCCAACGAGAUUCCAAAGAUCAAGGUGCGAGAAGGAGAGCUUGUCAUUCUGUCUCCUCAAGCGUACGGCACAGCGACUCAAAGGCUAGAGUGAGUGUGCGCGCGCGCGCACACGUCGAUGAAUUUCGCUCGCUCACUCGCAUCCAUCCUCUUCAAUGCGCUUUGACCCUUUCUACAGCUUUUGGAACCCCGUUGAGAAGCGGAAGAGCCGCGACGAGGCUAUUCAAGCUGAGAGCGGCGGUGCUGACGGAUUGCCCGCUGCUGGCUUGAGCCUGCACGACGAAGACACGCCAGCAACAGCUGGAUUGGGACCGUCUGCAUGA